AUGGCGGUGGCGGUGUUCGACGCGUACAAAGACUGGGUUCGCCGCAACCGACAAUGGCUGUCGUCGGCCGAAAGCAUGGCGAAUACCCUGACAUGGCUCCUUCCUGACCGAUUGGCUGAGUCAGAGCUUGCGCCGGAGGCUCUUUCGACAUUGAUUGGAGUGAUCUCCGUUAUAAACGACCAUAUUAUCGAGACAGCUCCUACUGAAGCCCCUUCCCAAGCCAGCAACCGCUCCCUUAGGCCUGCCAGCCAACCCUCUUCCUUCCCAUUACACAAUCAACGGGCUCUUCAGAGCCCCAAUCGCAAUCUCGCUCUCUUCCAACCCAACGGCUUUUCUCCGAACCUCCCUCCGAACCAAGCUCCGAACCUCCACGCGCCGAACCUGAACCUUCCCGCACCGUAUCCGUUGAGUCACAACGGUUCUCCAGAGUUCGGGGGAAUGGGGAUGGUGCCGUGGGCGCUGGUGCUGGCGGUGGUGAAAGAGGGGGAGGUGCUGGGGGAGAUGGCGGCAGAGCAAUGGCUUGGGGAGGAUGGCAAGUGGACUGCUGUUGCUGGCAUUGAAGCUUUAAAGGCCGCAAUCCGCCUGCUCCUGUUGCACCGUGACAGGUGGCGACUGCUUUUUGGAGGAGGCAGCACGGAGAAUCCGGGCCCCAGCAAACCCUCCCCUACCCCAUCAACUUCAUCCUCGUUACAAGCCCAGCAGCCGUCCCCCUAUCAGCAGCAGCAGCCGCAUAGCACAGGCGGUUCUAUGGGUUACAGUGUUGGUAACCACCGGGGCAUGAAUGGGCAGCAGGCAGCAACGACUAGGGCACUGGGUGCGUUUCAACGGUUCCAGAGGCAGAAUUCUCAAAAAAUCCCUGCCAUUCACAUGGAGUUGUCAGCGCACGACCCACAGCUAUUUACCCCCUUGUCUUCGAUCCCUGUAUCCAUGUCUCCCCUCCCCCCAUCUCUCCCCAGCUGCAUGCACGUGACAGCAGAGCUCAUCCACAUCUUCCGCCCACUGCUCUACGUGCUUGCCAUUCGAGCUGCUGCAAGGGCUGCUCGUUCCAGAGCAGGCGCACCUGCUGCUGCUGCUGCUGCUGCUGCUGCUGAUGCUGAUCCGUCUCAGCCUGCUGCUGCUGCUGCUGCUGCUGCUGCUGCUACAGCUGCUGAUGCCAGAAGGACGGAGGGAAGCGCGGCACAAAAGGAGGUGUUUCAGCUAACUGAUGAGGAGCGAGCCGAUCUUGCUCGGCGGCGCAUGCUGCUAGUCAUGUACCUCCUGCGCUCGCCGUGCUUCGAUGCCGUCACAAGGCAUCCUCUCGAGGGCAUUCGAUCGUUCGUUCGCCCGAUUCCUCUUCUCGGCUCCCUCGCAGAGCGGGGAUUUGAAAUGCUGCUUGGCAUCCAGUCGACGCGAAACGACAGAAAGGGCCCGCCGGAAAACGCGGAGGAGGGGAUCACACAGGAGCGAUUAGUUCAGGCGAGAUUGGCGUCACUGGCGGCAGCAGAGCCACUGGCAGCGGCUCUAAGAGAAACACUUAGCGAGGCCUCGGGUGUGCGGGAGGCGGUUAGGCAGGAGGGAGCAGUGCAGGCGGAGCUGGGGGAGGUGGUAUCUGAGGUGGCGCGGUUCCAGGAGCAGCACAGAAAGUGGGCCACAGCAUUCAAUGAGCUUCACACUGCAAUCAAGGAAAUAGGAGACUUCGAGAAUUGGAUGAAGGUAAUGGAGAGAGACAUUGCGCUGGUUACCACCACAAUUAAAAUAGUCACUAGUUCACCAAGCAAAACAUGA